AUGCCGUACCCCGACUCCCGUCGGACGGAGGCGAGGAGACUCCGAAAGCCAACGCCCGCCCCCUACGGUCAAGCAUGCAUCAAUUGCGCUCGGGCUAAAUGCAAAUGCUUGCUCUUGGCCACUGGGGAUCAAUGUGAAAGAUGCGAUCGUCUGGGCAAGGAAUGCGGACCCUCAUUAUCGGUUCGGAGGAGCAGACAGGGUUCUUCAAGUACGAGAAUUGCACGGAGUGAGAGAUCGUUAGAAGGGCACGCGGAGCAGCCCCCCAGCGCUCCCAGUCAAUAUGAUAUUCAAACAAGGACUCCAGUCUUUGCGCUGCCUGCAUCAGAUGUUCCGGACCGAAAACCUGAACUAUCUUGCAUCUACAUACCGCUCCAUGUCACCCCUCAAGAGCUGAUGCAAGAGAAACCAUUCUUCUGGUAUUGCCUGACCGCAGUCCUGACACCAAACCUGACCAAAAGAGAAUCCCUAUUCACCAAAGUGCACGACACUAUUUACCAAAAGCUGGUUCUGGAAACGACCCCGAGCAUGGACCUUCUUCUCGGCCUUAUGACAUUCAUGUCAUGGUAA